UGUCAGUACACUUUAAAACUGCUGUCGAGUAGUUGGAAUAACGUAAAAUGCUGAAGCUUGUAUUGCUUUCAUUCUGUUUCCAAAUUGUCCUUGCCAUGCAAGGAUCACCCAAAGAUCCUCAAAGACAAUCGGAGUGCGUACUUCAGGAUGCACCCAGGCAGUGUGGCUCCUUUUGCCUGAGCGCACUUAGUCCGCUCUUUGUCCAUUCUCGUAAAAUCCGUACUAGGCUGGAUGGAAUCGAGGCAGGGCAGUUAGCUUCCUCAGAGAACCUCAGGGCAGGACUUCAAGGAGUGCAGACCAAACUGGAUGCCGAAUUCCUCGCUGUCAGGACAAAGCUAGAAUCCUGUAAGAGCAAGGGGCAAGAAGAUUUCGAGGAGAGAUUAGCCAAAAUGGAAGAACACCUCAAAGCGAUCAAAACAGCAGGCAAUGCCAAAGAUGAACUCAAAUGCAACAAUAUUAUGAAAGAGACUAUUGUAAACUUGCAGAAUCAAAUCAAAACCAAAGACGAUCUUAUCAAUACGCAAAAAAAACAAAUCAACGAAGGCCUUAAAAAUAGAGAUGAUCAAAUCGCGGACCUAAAGAAUUGGAUUGAAACAUCAAAACGUAACCAAUCUAAUGAGCUUUCGAAAUGCCGAUUAAAGCUCGAUGAGAUGGAACCAUUUAAGGUGUCAUGUUCGUCGUCUCCACAUGGCUGGACCGUAAUUCAGAGACGGAUCGACGGAUCCGAGAACUUCCAUCGAAACUGGGAUGAUUACAAAAAUGGAUUUGGAAAUGUUAAGGGAGAAUUUUUCAUUGGCCUGGAAAAUUUGCAUCAGAUGACGAAGGCACGUCCCCACGAACUCUACAUUAAGCUUGGGAAGGUUGAUGGAUCCACCAGCUAUGCUCACUAUGACGAUUUUAAAAUUGGCAGUGAGGACGAAUUGUAUGAGCUGAAGAGUAUUGGGAUUUAUUCCGGUGAAGCCGGAGACUCCCUUGCAUACCAUAAGAACAAAAAGUUCUCUACAUUUGAUCGGGAUAAUGACGAAUCGGAUGCUGGAAAUUGCGCUAAGAAGAAAAGCGGUGGUUGGUGGUAUGGCCAUUGUGGUUUAAGUUUCCCCAAUGGAAAAUAUUAUAAAGAUGUCCAAAUAACAAAUGAAGGCACAAAGAACGGAAUAUACUGGGGCUCAUGGCAUGACUACGACUGGAAAAUAUCACUCACCUAUGUUGAAAUGAUGAUUAGACCUAAGUCCUUAUGAAGCGCAGUUGUAAAUGAUAAAAAAUCAUAGUUUCAAUCCAAAGGAUGUGAAUGGAAAAUUGUAUAAUAUUUUUUUGUCAUAGAUAAAAUGGAGUUGUCGUACCAUUUUGUGUGUGGAGCUGCUCCUGAGGAACUUUAAAUCCUAUCAGCAAAGUUCACUAAAGUUUUUCGUCGCCCCUUUUGUUUGGGAUGUCAUCGCCGGGCCGUCUGUAUUGAUGCUGGAUUCAAUUGGAUGCCAGCAGCUUGGCAAGGUCCUUUGUUAUGGCACCUCCCCCUCGCUCCAAAUUUAUUUAUAUUUAUAUAUGUCUAUAGCGAAAUAUAUUUAUAUAUAUAUGUAUA